UAGUUAUAUCAAAUAAUUUAUGAUCUAAGAAACUCUGAAAACCAAAGAACGGGAAAACACUUGGAUACUAACCAUUUUGUUUGGAAGCCAUGAAAAGGGUUUUGUUCAGAGGCAUUUCACUCACUACUCGCAAUAUUCUUCACUCUUAUACCAAAACCAAUCAAAACCCAGUUCAGCCGUUCAACCCACUCGCCGCUUCAACUCGGUCUCGACUCAGGUUCUACUCAUCCGAAUCGGAUUCUCCCGUUGAAAAGAAGCCUGACCCUGUUAUAGAAUCUGCUUCAGUAGCUGAAGCCCAUGUCAAGGAUGUAGCUUUGCCCGUUGAGGAUGUGAGUAAUAAAGGUUCAUGGGUUCUCCGACUUGCGAUCUCAUUAGAUAUGCUGAUGGAAAUUUGGGGAACAGUGGUGUAACCAACUUGAGUUCCCCUGCAAGGAAUGGUGAUUCAGGGGGCAAGGUUGUUGAGAGAGUUGAAAAUGGUGUUGCUGACACUGAACAGGCAAAUGAGGAUUCACCAUAUAGCUGGAAUGUUUUGUUGGUUGAAAAUAGGCCUUCUGUGGGUGAUGAGGACUUGGACUCUGCAGCAGCACCAUUGCCUUCAGUAUCAAAAUCUAACAUUGGACAUAGAUGGAGUGACAUAACUUCCUACGCUACCAAAAAGAAGGUUCAGUGUUGGUUUCAACAUCCAAAUGGGAUUUGGGAGCUGGGGAGAGUGAUAUCAACUUCAGGAAUGGAGUCUGUUAUAUCACUUCCUGAUGGGAAAGUGUUAAAGGUGAACUCUGAUAGUUUGAUAUCUGCAAAUCCUGAUAUCCUUGACGGCGUGGAUGAUCUCAUGCAACUUAGUUACUUAAAUGAGCCACCAGUGUUGUUCAAUAUCCAAUAUAGAUACAAGCAAGAUAUGAUUUAUACGAAAGCAGGACAAGUUUUGGUUGCCAUCAAUCCUUUUAAAAAAGUUCCUUUAUAUGGCAAUGACUACAUUGAAGCAUACAAGAAUAAAUCCCUUGAGAGCCCGCAUGUCUAUGCAAUUGCUGACACAGCCAUCCGGGAGAUGACACGUGAUGAAGUAAAUCAAUCUAUCAUCAUAAGGUCUAUGGUCUAUGGUAUAUGCAGCAAUUCAUCAUGUGCAUUUUUUAGGCUAUUAGUAAAUGAUGUUGUUAGAUUAAGCUGUGUUGUGGAUCCUCUGAGUUGUACAUGUUGCUUUUGUUGAAGAGCCAAGCCUUUUUCAUUUUCUGUGCUGUCAUAUUGCCAUGUAUUCACAUACAAGCCUUCUAUAUUUUUCUUAUUUCAGGGGCUACAGAUUUUAGCAAUUGAUUGAACUUAAUUUUAAAGCACAAGUUUGAAUGAA